AUGAAUGACAUUGCCUUUCUAAACAAAGACGGGGACAGUUUUCCCACUGAGCCCAGAAAGCAGAGCCCAGUGGUAUCUGCUGCCGCCACAUUAUGCGGGUAUCUGGACAAGCUGAGCGGGCCACUUAAGGUCUGGAGGUCCCUCUGGUUCAUAUACGAAGAGAAGGAGUGUCAGCUGGUCUACUACAAGUGUGCCCAGGAUGUGAAUCCACUGGGAUGGAUUGACCUGUCCAAUGCCAUACUGGGAGACCUACCGCAGGCAGACCAGGGGACCUUCUACAUUCAAACACCCGAGCGCACCUUCACCCUCAAGGUAAACUUGCCCAAGCGCAACAUUAAGGAAUACUUACUCCGGAGCCGCUCCUCCCAGGAGCUCAGCCACAGCCUCAGCUGGGAGGAACUCUGGGACCCAUUCCUGCCACUCAAAGACAUCCAGGCCCCUCCAUAUUUUGACCUGGACAAAUCACCUCCAAAAACAAAUAUUGAGCCCUCUGGGCCAAAAACACAGUGGGUCCAGGAGAUAGAGGCACCAAAGGAACACCAGAGCUCCCUAAGCAGUGAGAGCUCCUCUUCUAACCCCGCAGAUAAGACUGCUAGUCCACACCAGGAAGAGCCUGCAGACACUGCCCGUCUUCAACAGGAAGUGCUCAGUCUGGCAGGCCAGGUCAAGGCCCAGAAGGAUCUAGUAUCCCUGUUGCAGAAGGCCCUGGAGUUGGCCCAGCAGGAGAAAUUGACUCCCGCAGUAGAGUCCCUGAGGUCGGAGUGUGAAUGGAAGAGUUCCAACUCACAACCAUGGAAUCAAGGCGAGUGCAACACAGAUAAUUCGUAUGGCCUGCAGGUUGCGCCACUGCUGCGGCACGACUGUGUGGCCGAGUCUCAGGAUCACCUCCGGCUACUGGCUGAGAGGAACCAGGCUGAGAGAGAGUUGGUCCACCGUCUGUCCCAACAAGUGGCUGAGAGUUUGGCCGACCCCCAGCGAAGCCUCGUCCGCGGUUGGACUGUCCUUGAAACGCAGGAGCAGCUGAGACAGGAGAUUAGGAAUCUUAAGGACAACAUUGAGGCCUACAAGACUCAGAAUACUUACUUGAACGCAGAGAUCUACAAGCUAACCAAAGAAUGGAGGCAGAGUACAGAACAAGAGAAGUGCUUGAUGAUAAAGUGUGCCCAUCUGGAGGCCAAGGUGUUCCGGAUGGAGAGCAGGUCUCUGACAGUCCUCUUCAAGCUACAGGAGAGCAGAGGUUUGGAGAGACACAGGGAAGCCAUAAAGACCCUGAUCACUGACACUCUUCGGGAGGGCGGGAGGAACAUUCUGGAACUGAACCCUAUCAGGGAAUAUGAUGAGUAUGGGUUCAGAAUCUCCACUGACAUCCAAAUGGAUGAUAUGAAGCUGCUGGCCAAACUGCAAGCAUUAGGGAUUCGUUCCCACGAUCCCCCACAACAACAGAAGGAUGGGGAAGAGGAGGGGGACGGCGAGCGCCUUUGGGGCCGCUGGGCCCAGCACUUUGAUGGCAGACAAUCAGACAAGGCGGUGGCCUCUCCGAAGCUGAAGGGGCUUCUGAGAAAGGGCGUGCCGCACCACUACAGGCGCCGUGUGUGGCACUGGAUAGUGUGGAGCCGCACCCGCUCCCUGAGAGAGCGCCACCCCCACUGGUACCAACAGAUAUGCUUUAGGAGCCAGGCUGCGUCGGCCCACCGGGUCUCGCAGCAGAUCUGGUUGGACCUGGAGACCACUCUGAGGGGGAACCGCCACUUCUCCUUCCCCGCCAAGCGUGCCGUCCGGCAGCUACAUCGUAUCCUCCUAGCCUUUUCUUGUCAUAACCCGUCUGUCGGCUACUGCCAGGGCCUCAACAGAUUGGCUGCAAUGGCCUUGCUAGUGUUGCAGAGCGAGGAAGAUGCUUUCUGGUGUCUGGUGGCCAUUGUCGAGACCAUCAUGCCUCAGGACUUCUAUGGCAAGACUCUAACAGCAUCUCAGGUGGAGCAACGCGUUCUCAAGGACUUCAUGGCAGAGAAGAUGCCGAGACUAACAGCCCAUUUCCACUGUCACAGAGUGGACGUGUCCCUGGUCACCUCCGACUGGUUCCUAGCUGCGUUCGUGGAGAGGCUGACCAGUGACGUCCUGCUCAGAAUUUGGGACGCCUUCCUGUAUGAGGGCACCAAGGUGAUAUUUCGCUAUGCAUUGGCGCUCUUCAAAUACACAGAAGAGGACAUUCUGAAGAUUCAUCAUAGUGUGGAUAUCUACCAGUACCUCCGUUUCAUCACCAGAACCAUCACAGACAGCAGGAGACUGACGACCAUUGCAUUCAGCGACAUGAACCCGUUUCCUUUCAGGCUGCUCCGUCAGAGACGGGCCCUGCACCUUCAGUGUGUGCAUGUACAGUUGAGUGAGUUGGAGCGUAUCCAGAGGAAGCUGGGUAGAGAGCGACGCCAGCACAAGGACAGGGAGGGGGCCACAUGAGCUCUGGAUAAAAGGCUCUGGCCAGAUUCCAAUCGGAACUUUUACCCCCUGCCUCCUGUUACUCACUUAUCCCAGUAGAUAUUGUCGGUUUGUAAUUUCUUGUUUGAUGUUUUCAAUGUUCAUGUUUUAUUGUCACGUGCAUAAAUACAGUGAAAUGCCUUUCUUGCAAGCUCUUUCCCAACAAUGCAGUAAUCAAUAUCAAUAGUACUAUAAAAAUGUAUAAAGUAGAAUUUAAAAAAGACGAGAAAUAGAAAUUAGAACACGAGGAAGCAAGUAAGCUAUAUACAGGGUCAGUGCCAGUACCAUAUCUACAAUGCCAUAUUUACAAUGUGCAGGGAGUGGUAGGGGUAGAUACAUCGCGCUCCAAAAGUGUUGGGACAGUGACGCAUUUGAUGUUGUUUUGGUUCUGUACUCCAGCACUUUGGAUUUGAAAUGAUACAAUGACUGACUGCGAGGUUAAAGUGCAGACUGUCAGUUUAAAUUUGAGGGUAUUUUCACCCAUAUCAGGUGAACUGUUCAGAAAUUACAUCCAUUUUUGUACAUAGUCCCCCCCCCCCAUUUUAGGAGACCAAAAGUAUUGGGACAAAUUCACUUAAUUCACUUAGUUAAACA